AUGCGUCCCACAUUCGUUGUCUCUGCUUUUGCAGCACUCGCUCUUGCAGCUCCUCGUCCUCAGGAUAUCGUCUUCGAUGAAGUCGACGCCACCCCGGAUCCAACGAUAUACACUCCUCCCACCAAUGUCACGGUCGACACUGUUGCCAUCCAGCCGGCAUCUGCAGCCUCUGCUAUUGCCAGUGCUGCAGUGACUGACGUUGCUUCAACAUCCGACCCUACUGAGAAGAGGGAUGUCAUGGGGGUUGCUGAUCAGCUUAAACCCCGUACUGCGGACUGCGGUGCUUUGCCCGAUGGCAGUGGGCCUGCAGUGAACAACCCCGAUACUCCCGACGCAUUCUUGACCUACCAGCCCUUUUUAGAUGCUUCAAGUAAUGCCCCAACACCGCAGGGCUACACACCGGCUUUCCAGGGCAAGCAAGCUUCCAGUCAGACGACGUCUUAUCUUGGCUACAAGACGCUCGACAAGUAUGAUCCUAUCCUCUGUCAAGAAUAUUGCGAUCAACUUGAAGGAGGCCGAUGCCAGGCUUUCAACAUCUACUUCGAGCGUGAUCCUAGUAUUGCUCCAGCUGAUGGGUGCCCGAACCCAACUUCGGUCACCAACAUCAAGUGUGUCCGGUGGGGAGUGCAGGUAAAGCCGGAAACGGCAACAAAUACUGGCGGGACCCGAAAGCCCGCCUUCAAGGUUGCGAUCACCGGAAGUAACGGCUACAACAAGCUCGCUCCUCCUAAAGCACAGCCUGGUUUUACUGCGCCCAUGGCUCUGGGUGGAGCAAUCAACGCACCCAACGACCCAGUCACCAACACCAACACAUACAUGGGCUACAAAUUCUUCUCCUUCGACAAAGUUCAGACAUUCGAGGGAGGUGUCGAGGCUUGCACCACCGCUUGCACUGCCCAGACUGCCUACAACAGCCGUCACCCUCCCGCGGCGCCAGCCAAGCCAAACGUCUGCAACCAGGUCGUGGUUUACGUUCUGAGCAACAACAACCAGCCUCAAGGAAUCCAAUGCGCCAUGUACUCGGAAUCAUGGGCUCAGAACUAUGCCACGAACUAUGGCCAGUACCGUGGCAACGAUUACUGGAGCGUCAGCCAGGCUUAUGCCUACACUAACGCUACUUAUGCUGCCAAGUAUGGAAACAUCUGCGCUGUUGGUGGCUGCCCUAAUGGCUCCUUCCGAGGUGGAAACUGCGGUGGAUAUGGAGCUGGCACUUGCUAG